AGUGCUUUGGGAGUAAAUGCUUGACUGAGUUUCAGACCUUCGAUCUCUUUAGCCCGUCAGUAUGUCGAAGAGAGGACGUGGAGGAUCAUCUGGAGGGAAGUUUCGGAUGUCCAUCGGCUUGCCCGUUGGUGCCGUAAUCAACUGUGCCGACAAUACAGGUGGCAAAAAUUUGUACAUUAUUUCGGUUUAUGGCAUCAAAGGACGCUUGAAUCGUCUACCUGCUGCAGCUGCCGGGGAUAUGGUUUUGGCAACUGUGAAAAAGGGGAAACCUGAACUUCGAAAAAAAGUUCAUCCGGCAGUUGUCAUUCGGCAGUCAAAACCAUAUAGAAGGAGAAAUGGUGUGUUUCUUUACUUCGAGGACAAUGCAGGUGUCAUAGUAAAUAAUAAAGGCGAAAUGAAAGGUUCUGCAAUAACGGGACCAGUUUCUAAAGAAUGUGCAGAUCUUUGGCCAAGAAUUGCAUCAAAUUCUGGCUCAAUUGCUUGAUUCUUUACAAUAAAUUGCAGCGAGCAAGCCAA